AUGGGAAGUGGAAUCAGUGCAGAGGACAAAGAGCUGGCAAAGAGAUGCAAGGAAUUAGAAAAGAAGCUGCAGGAGGAUGCGGACAAGGAAGCAAAGACAGUCAAGCUGCUGUUGCUGGGUGCUGGGGAGUCAGGAAAGAGCACUAUCGUCAAGCAGAUGAAGAUCAUUCAUCAGGAUGGCUAUUCGCCAGAACAAUGCCUGGAGUUCAAGUCUGUCAUCUACGGGAAUGUGUUACAGUCCAUCCUGGCUAUCAUCCGCGCCAUGUCCACACUGGGCAUUGACUAUGCUGAUCCAAGCUGUGCAUUAUGUAAUAAAUGUUAUAUGGAUGAUGGGCGACAGCUCAACAACCUGGCUGAUUCUACCAUGCCUCCCAAGCUGGUAGAGGUCAUCAGGAAAUUGUGGAAGGAUGGUGGAGUGCAAGCCUGCUUCGACAGAGCUGCAGAGUAUCAGCUCAGUGACUCUGCAUCUUACUACCUGAACCAACUGGACUGGAUUACAGAUCCUAGCUACCUCCCUAAUGAGCAAGAUGUGUUACGAUCCAGAGUCAAAACCACAGGCAUCAUUGAAACAAAGUUUUCUGUCAAAGACUUGAAUUUCAGGAUGUUUGAUGUGGGAGGGCAAAGAUUAGAGAGGACAAAGUGGAUCCACUGCUUUGAGGGAGUCACCUGCAUCAUUUUCUGUGCAGCCCUCAGUGCCUAUGACAUGGUGUUGGUAGAAGACGAUGAGGUGAAUCGUAUGCAUGAGUCUUUACAUCUGUUCAACAGCAUAUGUAACCACAAGUUCUUUGCUGCUACUUCCGCUGUCCUCUUUCUCAAUAAGGACCUCUUUGAGGAAAAAACCAAGAAAGUCCAUCUCAGUAUUUGUUUUCCAGAGUAUGAUGGGAACAACUCCUAUGAGGAUGCGGGGAAUUAUAUCAAGAACCAGUUCCUUGAUCUCAAUAUACGAAAAGAUGUCAAAGAAAUCUACAGUCACAUGACAUGUGCUACAGACACACAGAAUGUCAAAUUUGUGUUUGAUGCAGUUACAGAUAUUAUCAUCAAAGAAAAUCUCAAGGACUGUGGGCUCUUCUAAUCCACUCAACUCCUGAAGUAUACUUUUUUUUUUUGGUACUGGGGACUGAACUCCAGACCUUGUGCUUGCGAGGCAGGCAUUGGAACCACUGAGCUAAAUCCCCAGCUCCUCAGGUAUUUUUUUUUUUUUUGCUAUGUAGUUCAGGCUGGUCCUCAACUAUGUAGCCCAGGCUCGCCUCAAACUCCUGGCGAUCCUUCUGCUUCAGCCUCCAGUGUGACCUCAGGUAUACAUUUUAUAAACAAGCUUGGAAUGUAGGUAAUUUUAAGUGGAAAAUUAUAGGUCAAUAUACUAUGGCAUGAAGAAUGAAUCCACUGUCUGUGGGAAUGGAGAAUGCACAGCUGGAACUAUGGUCUCUCUGUCUCAUGUUCUUUUCUAAGCAGAAUAGCCAGUAGUUUCAAGAGCACCAGGCCA